GGAAAACAUGGGAGGAUCAUGAUAUUGAAGAAAAGUAUCAAAACUGGGAGAGAAAACUAAGUCUUUCCGAUGGCGGGUCGCUUCUCGUAAGGACGCCACGUUGCUCCGCCGCGGAUUCCGUGGCGCUGUGACCUGUACCGAGUCGUGGGGAGGACGCCGGGGGCCCCACGAGCCUCAGCAAUGGAUUCAGUGACCUUUGAGGAUGUGAGUGUAAAGUUCACCAUGGAAGAGUGGGCUCUGCUGGGUCCAUCCCAGAAGAAACUCUACAGAGAUGUGAUGAAGGAAACCUUCAGGAAUCUGGCCUCAAUAGGAGGAAAAUGGGAAGACCAUAACGUUGAAGAUCACUAUGAAAAUCACAGGACAGAUCUAAGCAGUCAUAUGCUUGAGAGACUUGUGAAGAGUAAAGAACGUAGUCAGUAUGGGGAAACCUUCAGCCAGAUUCCAAUUCAUAAUCAGACAAAGAAAACUCCUAUUGGAAUAAAGCUUUGUAAAUGCAGUUUUUGUGGAGAAGUCUUCAUGGAUCAUUCAUCCUUUAGUAGGCACCUGAGAUCUCACGCUACAUCCAAAUCAUACGUGUAUCAGGAAUGUGAAGAGAAGCCAUAUAAAUGUCGGGAAUGUGGGAAGGCCUUGAAGUAUCGCCGAUCCAUUCGAAGGCAUGAAAGGAUUCACACUGGAGAGAAACCCUAUAGAUGUAAGUACUGUGGUAAAGCCCUGAGUUGUUUCAGUUCCUGUCAACUUCAUGAAAAAUCUCACACAGGAGAGAAACCGUAUGAAUGUAAGCAAUGUGGUAAAGCUUUCAGUUGCCCCACUUACUUUAGAAAACAUGAAAGAAUUCAUACUGGAGAGAAACCAUAUAAAUGUAAGCAAUGUGGUAAAGCCUUCAGUUGUCUCACGUCUUUUCGAAGUCAUGAAAGGGGACACAGUGGAGAAAAGCCUUAUGAAUGUAUGAAAUGUGGUAAAGCCUUCGGUUGUCCAAAUAACUUUCAAAAACAUAAAAGAGUUCAUACUGGAGAGAAACCCUAUAAAUGUAAGCAAUGUGGUAAAGCCUUCCUUUGGCCAAGUUAUGUUCGAAAACAUGAAAGAGUUCAUAAUGGAGAGAAACCCUAUAAAUGUAGGCCAUGUGGUAAAGCAUUUAGUUGUCGCAAAUCCGUUCAAAUUCAUGAAAGGAGACACAGUGGAGAAAAGCCUUAUGAAUGUAAAAAAUGUGGAAAAUCCCUCAGUUCUCUCACCAGCCUUGAAAGACAUGUGAUGAAGCACACUGGAGAUGGACCUUAUAAAUGUAAGGACUGUGGGAAAGUCUUUAAUUGUCCCAAUUACUUACAAUGUCAUGAAAGCACACACAGUGGAGAAAAGCCCUAUGAAUGUAAGGGAUGUGGUAAAGCCUUCAGUACUCCCAGGUCCCUUGAAAAUCAUGAAAGAAUUCAUACUAGGAAAAAACCUCAUAAAUGUAAGGAAUGUGGCAAAGCCUUCAGUUUUCCCUGUUCCCUUCAAAAACAUGAAAGAAGUCAUACUGGGGAAAAGCCAUAUGAAUGUAAGCAAUGUGGUAAAACCUUUGCCUAUCUCAGUUCCAUUCAGAAACAUGAAAGAACUCAUAGUGGAGAGAAACCCUAUGAAUGUAAGGAAUGUGGGAAAGCCUUCGUUUAUCUCUCAUAUGUUCAAAGACACAUGAUAACGCACACUGGAGAUGGACCUUAUAAAUGUAAGGAAUGUGGGAAAGCCUUUGAUUGUCCCAGUUCAUUACGAAAACAUGAAAGAAGUCAUACUGGAGAGAAACCCUAUCAGUGUAAAAGCUGUGGUAAAGCCUUCACUCGUCCCAGUUCUUUACAAAAUCAUGAAAGAACUCAUACCUGAAAGUCUAUGAACAUAAGGAAUGGGGGAAAGCCUUCUUUGUUGCACAAACUUUCAUGGACACAUGAAACAUAAGUAUGCACACUGGAGAGAAACUAUAAAUGUAAAGAAUGUGGGAAGGCCUUCUGCUGUCUCAUUUCUUUGGGAACCAUGAAACGACUCAUAGUAGAGAGAAUUCUCCUGAAUGUAAACAAUGUAGGAAAACUUUCACUUGCCCCACAAAACCAUGCGAGAAUGUGCAGUGGAUACAUACUAUAUGACUAAAAAA